UUGGUCCAAAGUGUGUGACCGAUAAGAUCCCACACAUCGUGGGAGCGUGCAAAAGACAUGCCUACAUAUGAGGACGCGGUUGCAUUUCUUGGAGAAUGGGGACCAUACCAGCAGUUGGUGUUCUUUCUCCUGUGCUUUACGUUCUUCCCAAACGGCUUCACUUCGCUGUGCAUAGUGUUUAUCGGGGACACACCUUCCCAUCACUGUCUCAUCCCCGCAAGCGCCAACCUCACCUCAGUAUGGAUGAACAACAGCAUUCCUCUGGAAGAACGCGUCGGAGAAUGGUCUCUCAGCAAAUGCUCCAGAUACAACCUGGACGCCCUGACCCGUUUCUCCCAGAGCGGGUUGAUUCCAGGGAUCGACGUCAACUUGUCCAAUGUGCAACAGGAGGCUUGUCUGGACGGAUGGGAAUAUGACCGCACCAAUUAUGAUUCCACUAUUGUGACGGAGUGGGACCUCGUUUGUGAGGACCAAAUGAAAGGGCCCCUGACCUCCUCGAUUUUCUUCUGCGGAGUUUUUUUAGGUUCCUGCAUUUCUGGACCAAUCUCCGACAGGUUUGGAAGGAAAAUAGUGAUGUUCUCUGCCCUCGCUAUCCACACAGUGUUCUCUUUAUGCCAGGUCUUAAGUCCUUCAUGGGCUCUAUUCUGUGCCCUGUUCUUUCUAGUUGGGAUGGGAGCCACCUCAAAUUACGUGUCUGCAUUUGUGAUAGGGAUGGAGCUCUUCAACCCAGUUGUAAGAACAGUCUUCUCCACAGCGGGUUCCUGUUUUUUCUUUGGUUUUGGCUACAUGCUGCUUCCUCUGUUGGCAUACUAUAUCAGAGACUGGAGGAUGCUUCUUCUCACUUUCCAUGCACCGACUGUACUUUUUGCACUUUUUUGGUGGUUCAUUCCUGAGUCUCCAAGAUGGCUACUCUCUCAGGGGAGAGUGGGAGAGGCGGAAGACAUAAUAAGACAAGCUGCCAAGAAGAAUAAAAUGCAAGCUCCACUGGUCAUCUUUGAUGGUGCAGAGCAGUUCAGCCCAGAACACACAAAAGAAGCAUCAGUCCACAUGUGGGAUUUGCUUAGUACCAGGAACAUCCGCUGGACCACUCUCACACUGUGGCUGGUGUGGAUUGACCUAUCCAUCACCUACUUCGUCCUGUCUCUGAACACAUCAAACCUCCACGGCAGUAUCUUCCUGAACUGCUUCCUGUCGGCCGCGCUAGAGAUCCCGGCCUACGCUCUGUCGUGGGGGCUGUUCCGUUACUUGCCAAGAAGACUCUGUCUCUCCAUGUCUCUGUUCCUCGGAGGAGUGAUGAUUCUAUGCAUACCACUCAUACCAUCAGACAUGAACUUCGUGGCAAUAGCAUUUGAGAUGACUGGUAAAUUUGGGAUGACGCUGGGCUUUGCCCUCAUCUUUGCCUACACGGCGGAGCUCUACCCGACCGUCCUGAGGAACACAGCCAUAGGGGCCUGCUCCAUGGCCUCCCGCAUAGGAUGCAUCUCGGCUCCGUACCUUCUCUCCCUAAGGAGCUACUCCGUGGCCCUACCCUACAUCAUGGUGGGGACCUUCACAGUACUAGCGGCGAUGAUCAGCCUCCUGAUCCCAGAGACCUUUGGAAAGCCUCUGCCAGACAGCAUCCCUCACAUGCUAGAGUUCCCCGGAUGUUUCAAGAAAAACAAACUUUUGGGAUCACAGAAGAAGAAAAGCCUCCUAAGGAUCCAGCGAUGAAGUCAGGGAUCAUUUAAUUAAAAAGAAACAGUACCAAUAA